GUAGCAGGUAGAGGCAAACUCCGAAUAAUCUGGGUUUCCGCAGAAAAACUAAAGGGUAACAGUACUUUAGUUUCAACAGAGACCGGCAUGCUCGACUUUCUGGACAGUUCUAAAAGUCCACGAAGUUAGGCCCCAGGACGGCCGGUGCAGGCUGCUUUUGACAACUCCGGGCUGCUUGGUUGGCUGCUCUCUCUGUGUGAGAACCGAAAGGCCAGAAGGGGAGCUACAGAGAUUCCUGUAACCACCAAAGCGAUGUCCAGCGCCACUCAAGUCACAGCACUCUCACAUUUAGAGUAAUUGCAGACCGCUGACUCCCCGGCAGGCACCACAGUGAUGGAGUACAUGAGCACUGGAAGUGACGAGAAAGAAGAAAUUGAUUUACUGAUUAAGCACUUGAACGUGUCCGAAGUCAUAGGCAUAAUGGAAAACCUUUAUGCAAGCGAAGAGCCAGCAGUGUUUGAGCCCAGUCUGAUGACCAUGUGUCCAGAUAGCAAUCAAAACAAGGAGCAUUCAGAGUCGCUGCUUCGGAGUGGCCAGGAGGUGCCCUGGCUGUCAUCUGUCAGAUAUGGGACUGUGGAGGACCUGCUUGCCUUUGCCAACCAUAUCUCUAAUACCGCAAAGCAUUUUUAUGGACAUCGCCCACAAGAAUCUGGAAUUUUAUUAAAUAUGGUAAUCAGUCCCCAGAAUGGACGAUACCAAAUUGACUCUGAUGUUCUCCUUAUCCCUUGGAAGCUGACAUACAGGAGCAUCGGCUCUGGUUUCGUGCCACGGGGGGCCUUUGGAAAAGUGUACUUGGCACAAGACAUGAAGACCAAGAAAAGGAUGGCGUGCAAACUGAUCCCCAUAGAUCAGUUUAAGCCGUCGGAUGUGGAAAUCCAGGCUUGCUUCCGGCACGAGAACAUUGCUGAGUUAUACGGUGCAGUCCUAUGGGGUGACACUGUCCAUCUCUUCAUGGAAGCAGGCGAGGGCGGCUCUGUUCUGGAGAAGCUGGAGAGCUGUGGGCCCAUGAGAGAGUUUGAAAUUAUUUGGGUGACGAAGCACGUUCUCAAGGGACUUGAUUUUCUGCACUCCAAGAAAGUGAUCCACCACGAUAUUAAACCUAGCAAUAUUGUAUUCAUGUCUACAAAAGCUGUUUUGGUGGAUUUUGGCCUGAGUGUUCAAAUGACUGAGGAGGUCUAUCUUCCCAAGGACCUCCGAGGAACAGAGAUAUACAUGAGCCCCGAGGUGAUCCUGUGCAGGGGCCAUUCCACAAAAGCAGACAUCUACAGCCUUGGCGCCACGCUCAUCCACAUGCAGACAGGAACCCCUCCCUGGGUGAAGCGCUACCCCCGAUCAGCCUAUCCCUCCUACCUGUACAUAAUCCACAAGCAAGCACCUCCCCUGGAAGACAUCGCUGGUGACUGCAGUCCAGGCAUGAGGGAGCUGAUAGAAGCCGCCCUGGAGAGGAACCCCAAUCACCGCCCGAGAGCAGCAGACCUACUGAAACACGAAGCCCUGAAUCCCCCUAGGGAGGACCAGCCACGAUGUCAGAGUCUGGACUCUGCCCUCUUUGAACGGAAGAGGCUGCUAAGCAGGAAGGAGCUAGAACUUCCUGAGAACAUUGCUGACUCAUCCUGCACGGGCAGCACAGAGGAGUCUGAAGUGCUCAGGAGACAGCGUUCCCUCUACAUAGACCUCGGAGCCCUGGCUGGCUACUUCAAUAUUGUUCGGGGGCCACCAACCCUGGAAUAUGGCUGAUGGACGGCUUUGUUGGCACAAGUUAGGAUGGACAUUUCUCUCCUGGAUUCUGGUUUUGCAGCUUCUACAGAACAACUCUGGAUAGUGAGGGGUUUUGUUGUUGUUGUGUGUUUUGUUUGUUUGUUUGUUUGUUUGAGCAGUGAGGCCUCUAGUGGCAUAGAAAUGUCACUUCAAUGGCCCCUUUGUGAAGCUACUCUGGUAUGUCCCAGAGCACAAGGUUCUCAUUUCUCAGGUGGUGGGACUAGACAGAAGGGAGUGAGAGCUCAGGGAAGGAUCAUUUCUGGUGACAAUUCCAUUUACUGUGCACUUUGCUGGACAUUUAAAAAUAUCCCUCACAAGAUAGUGACCUAAAAUUUAUACUGUUGGUUGUUAUUUAAGCAUGGGGUCUUCAUUCAACCUAGAAGGCCUGUUCUUUGUGUGUGUGUGUAUAUAUAUAUAUUGGUAUAUUUUAUGUGAUAACUCUUUGAGCCUUGGUAGACUGUAGUAAAAGUUUAAGUCAUCAUGUUUUGGGUUAAUAGAACAACUUUAGUAUUACAGGAAUACACUGCACUAGUGUAUUGGCUGAUAUAGUCAGAGCCACCCGACAGCAGACCACUAGUGACAGUUUCUGUUAUGUUCCUAUGGAAACACUGUGUACUGUACGUGCUAUGCCUAAAACAUUUAAAACACAAUGUUUUAAAUGUGUAAACCACAUAAUUUCUGUACAUCCCAAAGGAUGAGAAAUGUGACCUUCAAGAAAAUGGAAACUUUGUAAAUUCUUGGUGAUGCUACAUUUGCAAUUAAUGAGACUAUUUUUCUUUAAAGUGUUUCUAUAUUAAAAUAGCAUACUAUGUAUGUUUUAUUCCAAAUAACUUCAUGGAUCUUUCAUAUAUAUAUAUAUAUAUGUACAUAUAUUUUAACAUUGUAAAGUGUGAGUAUUCUUAUUUAAAGUAUAUUUUUACAUUAUGC